UCGAUUCUUUACACCUGAAGGUUAUUCGCGAAAUGAAAAUUGGAUUCUUUAAUGGACUUUAUACUAAAUAUUACAAUAUUUGACGAUUUCAAUAUGUUUUGCAGGAUAAUUAUGUGAACAACAAUUACUGUUGCAAACGAUUAUGAAGAUAUUACUUUUAAUAUUGGUUGUAAACUUACAAAUUCUAUUUGUCACGGCAAACCCAUGUACAAACGGUGAACUGAUUGAAGGAGCUGCCUUAAAAUGUACAGCCCAACAGUUGAUUGGUCUACUACAAGCAAAAUCUCUCGAAGAAAAGUGUGGAAUUGUUUUAGACAAAGUAAGACCCUGUAUUGUAGAAGCCAUCAGUACCGACCACAACAGAACGUGCACCGCACGAGAGAAGCACGAGCUCAUUAUCAAUUUUCGUGACGUCAUUGUCGAGCAUUUAAAAUUCGAUGUUUUAAAAUGUUUACCAGUAAUGAAUUGUUCAGAUUUCGAGUCUGUGAUGUACUACCUCGAGGUAUCGUGUGAAUCUCAAUUUGAAAGUUUUAUUGAAUACUCAAACUGUGGUAAUCUGUGUAGAUUAGGAUCUUGCAUGUCAGAUGCAGUGACAGCACAAAAUAAAACGUGUUCACUGCUAGAGUUUCAGAAUACAAUAAUGUCCAACAGGAACACAUGGACGGCGGAGAUGGGAACAUCAGAGGUCGAUAUAUGUUGUAAUGUUAAUUCAGCCAGUUUGCUAUUCAUAUCAGUAUCUCUGAACUUAGUGUCUUUAUUCAUCAUGUUUGUAUUGUUUUAAAUAAAUCAAUAAAAUCAUUUAAACAUAUGCAGUCCCGAUACCACAAUUCAUUUUGUAGUGAAUUCCAAAAUAUGGACAGUUUUGUUUUAAGGGGAUCUUACAUUCAGUUGCUGUUUCAGAUGUACUCGAUUAUAACCUUUUACGAUUGGACCAAAUCAUUACUUAACAUCAAAGCUCGUGAACCAAUAUAUUUUGCAGUUAAACCUCAUCUCCUUAUGUGAUGAUUCAAUGAUUCAAGCUGUUUGUAAUUGUAAAACACAUAUGUGAUUAAUCACUGAUGCUAUUACAUUUGUAUACGUAAAUGCUAUAAGCUGUAUUGUUUUUGAAUAAAAGACUAUUAUAUACUUA